CGGUUAAUUUCACAUUGGUGAAUUUGCCAAAAAAAUGAUCUCUAGUCAAACGGAAAGGAAUGUUAUGGCACUUAAAAGUAUUCUUUGUAUAUAAAUAAACAAGACUUAAUAAACGCACUCAUAUUUGAUAAUAAUGUCUUAUUGAUACAAGUACAACAGUUUGCUGCUCUUGAAAAAUGAAAUACUUGAAUACAUGAUAUGAUUUUAAGGAACUGGGAUGUCCAUAUUCACUUUUGGGAGACAAAUAAUAGCAAUUUAAGAAAUGUGGAGGGCUCUAUUUGCACCUCCUAAAGUAUUGACAUGGUCACGAUGAAUUCGGACAAGGCUCAGGCAAAGCGUAAGCCUGAACCGAGUAAUGAGGUCUGCGCUGGAAGUAGUACGGAUAACACCAUGGGGGGACCCCACCAAUUGCUGGCAUCAGACGAUUCUCCGAACCAUCUUUUAUAUAAAAAGAUGGAGAAGAUAGUAGAGAAAAUGCAAGACGAAACUAUAGGCGUUCCAGUUCGUACAGUUAAGAGUUUUAUAUCGAAAAUACCAUCAGUAUUCACCGGGUCAGAUCUGAUAAUGUGGAUGCUCAAAAAUUUGGACAUAGAAGAUCAAACCGAAGCGUUACACAUGGCACAUCUGAUGGCGGCGCACGGAUAUAUUUUUCCUAUCGACGAUCACAUUCUAACUUUAAAGAACGACAACACCUUUUACAGGUUUCAGACACCAUAUUUUUGGCCAUCAAAUUGUUGGGAACCGGAAAAUACGGAUUACGCCGUGUAUUUAUGUAAGAGAACAAUGCAAAAUAAAACGCGACUAGAAUUGGCAGAUUAUGAAGCGGAAAAUUUGGCGCGGUUACAAAAGAUGUUUUCUCGAAAAUGGGAGUUUAUUUUCAUGCAAGCGGAAGCCCAGAGCAAGGUUGACAAGAAACGCGAUAAAUUAGAAAGGAAAGUACUCGAUAGUCAAGAACGGGCUUUUUGGGAUGUUCAUCGACCUAUGCCUGGCUGUGUAAAUACUACAGAAAUUGAUAUUAAAAAAGCGUGUAGGAUGAAUAAAACGUUGCGCCAUAAUAAAAACCUACAGAUCGGUAUGUCAUCUGGUUCUGAUACUACGUACAAAACCUCUAUAGAAUUUUAUAAAGAACAAAUAAAUAACUUAAAAUCUAGAUUCGAACGUACUAACACAAAAGUGUCAAAGGUGGCUGACGUGUACAUCACAUACUAUGAGCAAUAUUUGGAAUACGACUGUUUUUUCGUGUCACCCGAGUACCCGAACCCCUGGAUAUCCGAUAGCCCUGAAUUGUGGGAGCAGGAAAAGCAAGCAAAGGACAUAUCAGCUCGGCGCGUGAAGCGGUGGGCGUUUAGUUUGAAGGAACUUCUUCAAGAUCCCAUUGGCCGCGACCAGUUUGUUAAGUUUCUAGAUAAGGAGUUUAGUGGAGAAAAUUUGAAAUUUUGGGAAGCGGUUCAAGAACUAAAAGCCUUACCACAAAGUGAAGUUCAAAAUAAAGUGGCGGAGAUAUGGAGUGAAUUUCUAGCACAGGAUGCAAGUUGUCCUAUAAAUGUUGAUUCACACUCAUACGAGGUCACUAAGAAAAAUAUGGGGAAUGGGGAUCGUUGGAGUUUUGAUACGGCUGCGGCUCAUGUGUAUCAACUUAUGAAAAGUGAUAGUUAUUCGAGAUAUCUUCGUUCCGAGAUGUACAAAGAAUAUUUGAAUGUAUCGAAGAAGAAGACAUCUGUGAAGGGCAUACGUUCCAUAGUGUCAUUUUCAGCACGUAAAGAGACCAUUACCUAGUCAUCGCUAGUUAGCACUUAGUGUAAAUGUAAUAUUAUUCUUAUCGUUCAUGAUAAGGUCAUCUUUGACAAUACAAACAUCGCCAACAUCGUUCGGUGGAGUGUAAUGUUAUAUUAUGAAAAUUUUUUAAGGCAUCAUUAGACGAAAUUUGUUUAA